UGGUUUUGUACGGCUUGCACCACUGCACCGCUCUCUCGGCGAGACAGUCCAAUUUAUGCAUUACGGCUAUGUAGGCACUACACGAUAUCAAAACGCUGUGCCCGGACCUUACUCCAUUCACCGUUGCAAUAUUAUCUGAAUUUCGCAAGUGCCUACACGACUAAAUUGUAACACGCCACGCUACGCUACAUAAAUCUUACGCUUCACACGGGGGACAAAAAAAAUACUAUAUUCGCAGUGCUUUACGAUAUUUGUUACGUUCGUACGGGGAACCCGUGAGUUUGAUAAAAGAAUUUAAAAAGAAAAAAAAGUGUUUACGAUAAAGAGGAAAAGAACAGGAGGAUAUCGAUAAAAUAGGAUCGAAAAUACGUUAUCGUACACCGUCGUGUAUUGGACGUCAAUCAUAAUAUGAAUCAUACGAUUUCGCAUAAAACAACGUGACUCUGUAUAUUGUGUGUCGAGAAACUGGUGCUCGGUUAUAUUACACAGGCUUCGUUAACUAAUCAACCCUUCGCAACAAUUAAUCGGCAAAGAAGUGUGGUUUUUCUGUUGCUUUAGCUAUGGCAGAGGGGAAUGGGGAAAUAAAAAUGGAGGAAAAGCAGUCCAAGGAGGAGAUGGAAUAUGUGGAAAGGACAGAGGAUUAUGCAAAACUGAUCCAGUAUGGACUCGAUGAGAAAGUUGCAGCAAAACUUGACGAAAUCUAUAAGACCGGCAAGCUAGCUCACGUGGACUUGGAUGAGAGAGCAUUGGAUGCAUUAAGGGAGUUUCCAGUGGAAGGUGCAUUAAAUGUACUCACGCAGUUUCUUGAAUCUAAUUUGGAACAUGUCUCCAACAAGUCUGCAUACCUCUGUGGUGUUAUGAAGACAUAUAGGCAGAAGACUAGAGCUGGACAAGGAACUGGCACCAGUACGACAUCCAAAGCACCAGACGAGGAUAAAAUUAAGAUGAUACUCGAAAGAACUGGAUACCCCUUAGAUGUGACGACGGGACAAAGAAAAUACGGCGGUCCACCUCCUAAUUGGGAGGGUCCUACUCCAGGAAAUGGUUGCGAGGUGUUUUGUGGAAAGAUCCCAAAAGAUAUGUACGAAGAUGAGUUGAUUCCAUUAUUUGAAAAAUGUGGAAAAAUUUGGGAUCUGAGGCUGAUGAUGGACCCCAUGACAUGUACCAACAGGGGAUAUGCUUUUAUCACAUUCACUAACCGGGAGGCUGCACAACAGGCUGUUAGAGAGCUGAAUGAUUAUGAGAUUCGGAAAGGCAAAAAGAUUGGUGUUACCGUAUCUUAUAACAAUCACCGCUUGUUUGUGGGAAAUAUUCCAAAGAAUCGAGACCGAGAUGACUUGUUCGAAGAGUUUACAAAGCACGCACCUGGCCUGACCGAGGUGAUUAUCUACAGCUCGCCGGAUGACAAAAAGAAGAACAGAGGCUUCUGCUUUCUGGAGUACGAGUCUCACAAGGCAGCCUCCUUAGCUAAGCGGAGGCUGGGCACUGGCCGAAUCAAGGUCUGGGGCUGUGAUAUCAUAGUUGACUGGGCCGAUCCUCAAGAGGAGCCUGAUGAGCAAACCAUGUCCAAAGUACGCGUGCUAUAUGUAAGGAACCUGACACAAGACUGCUCAGAAGAGAAACUGAAGGAGGCCUUCGAACAAUAUGGGAAAAUCGAGAGGGUGAAGAAAAUCAAGGAUUAUGCCUUCGUUCAUUUUGAAGAUAGGGAUAAUGCUGUUAAGGCGAUGCGCGAACUUAAUGGGAAAGAGAUCGGCGGCUCCCAUAUAGAGGUGUCGCUUGCGAAACCUCCGUCCGACAAGAAGAGGAAGGAAGAGAUCCUGCGGGCCAGGGAGCGUAGAAUGAUGCAGACCAUGCAGGGACGCAGCGGGGGCUCUCCGUUACAUGCUAGCAUGCUGGGGGGUCCGAUGCCAGUCCGUGGGCCUGGUCAGGGGCCCCGCGGAACUGGCGCGGGCAUGCGGGGACCAAUGGGACGUGGCGAUUAUGCUCUCAAGGACAUAGAUUAUGAUUACGACUAUUACGGUUAUGGGGAUUAUCGAGGUGGCUACAGUGAUCCAUAUUACGAUGACUAUUAUCGAUACGAAGAUUACUAUUUCGAUUAUGCGCCGCCUCCGCCACCUGCCAGAGGGAGAGGCAGGCAGCCUCAACCGGCUGGUCGUCGUGGACGUGGAGUAGUGCCGCCGCGUGGCCGGGUCGGUGGCCCCCAGGCCCGUGGGCCGGUCAGUCGGGGACGCAACCCCGCAACCUCAGGGGCUCAUGGGGCCCAGCGACCGGCCGCCCGUGGGGGGGUCCGCGCCAAGGGAAGUUUACCAGGUGAGGAUGCAGGUAAGCGAAAGUUUGACGGGGGUCACCAGAACCAGGGGGAAUCUAAACGUCGCUUCCAGAGCAGCUGGGGAAACCAGCCUCUCGCCCAACAACCACUGGGCAAUGCGUACGGAUUGGCGAGUGUGAACGGUGGCAGUGGCGGCGGCGGCGGCGGUGGCGGCGGCGGCGGUGGUGGUAGUGGUAGUGCCGGAAGUUUUGGUGCUGACAGAGGAGCGUCAUCGGGAGGUGCGACUUCCGGGGACGAUCACGAGUGGUACCAGGACUCGUAUCAGUCGUGGAGCUAACUUCCGCCAGUAGUUUGUGAGCGAGUAAGCGCGCACCUGGAGAACGUGAGAACCGGAAGGAGAGCUACGUCGAGGCGCAGACGUUACAUCGACAAGGUGGAAUCGAGAGGGACGCCACGAACUACUAGGAGACGGGGUAGCGGUAGUCCGAGAGGAAGAGGAAGAGGAUCGACGGGAAGAUGAAGAUGAGAUAUCCGGUGUGGAAGACGAAGAAGAUGAAAAAUAUGGAGAGAGAUUUAAAUAAGGCAUGGCAAUGGAAUGGCGACACGACUAAUUAAUAACAAUCGCAAACGCCCGAUUAGCGCAUACGUUUACCAUACACAUCCUAGAAACACGUUUUAACAUCAGUCAAAUCAGCGUAGGACGUUCUCCGUCAUACGUUAAUCGUCAAUGACAGAACCGAUAAUAAUUAAAAGUAGAUAGUAAUUCAUUUUUAUCUACUUUACUCGCCAACCUUUACUUCUGUAUCUUAUCGUUCUCGGACCGUUUCAACAACGCGAUGCACAUUAAUAACGACGUAUGCACCAGGGACGACUGCGAUUCGUGUUCUUCUGCGCCACCACCAUCGUCCGCUGUUUGUUGUGAUUAUGUACAGUGAUGUGCCACUGGGACUAUUAUUAAUAUUACAUUGGAGUGACCACCCACCCACCCCGUACUAUUAUUAUAUUAUUAUAAUACUACUACUACUAUAAGUACUACCUACUUACUACUGCUGCUGCUCUUACUAUUACUACUACUGCUACUACUCCUACUAUUACUACUACUACUAUUAAUACUACUACUACUGCAUUGUCACAUUGUUUACUGCCAAGCGUGAAAAAAAAAACAAGAAGAAGGAAUGCGACUAUUAUACGAGAGGACUUGUGGUUUUGGGAUGCGAGGAAACGACGUGUUGUUUCUCCGUGAAAUGGAACCGAAUCGGCGAUCGUUAACGUAUUACGGAUUUGUGAUGGCUCGUAUUAAGAUUUAAGUAUGCGGACUUGCGGUAGGCCUGCGGUUCACGUUUUUUUUUUAUACGUGACGAGAUGAAUCUGGAAUUCUUUAUGUAGGCGAAUCUGAGUGACGGCAAUGAGUCUCGUGAUCGUAUUAAGAGACAGAGAGAAAGCGGUACGUGAUUGAAAGAGAUAAAGAGUGUUGUCUGUAUGGUGUUAUUUGGUACGGGUGAGAGUGAGUCGAGUAAUAACAGUGAUUGAGAAAGUACGAGAGAGAGAGAGAGAGAGAGAGAGAGAGAGAGAAAGUGCGCGCUAGGAGUGUGCUUAACUUGCGACAGAGUGCGACAAGGUUGGAAGGUCGAGAAUGGAGGAAAAGCGACUUUUAUUUUUUCGGGAGGGAAUGUUAUGUGUGUGUAUCUCUUGUGUAUGCAUGGGUGCGUGGAGCGCGCCAAGCGCCGCCUAGACCUUCUAUUGUUGGUCUAUAAUGUGUACAGUCAGUGAAGAAAGAAACAAAAAUUAUUAUUAUUAAGGGUCAGGCGAGUUUUGCAAAAACGAUCAAGUCCUAAGUGUGAACAAUGGGGACGACGAAGAAAAUAAUUUAAAGGGGAUAAAAAGGAAAAAUUGUAGUUCACGUCGCUAGUCGACGUUCCCUAUGGAGGGGGAUUGUAUCUUUUUCUCGUGUCGUCCAAGACGGCCGCGACACGGUUUCUAUUUUUUUUUUUUUCAAAUCGGGAACGAAGGAAAUGUUGCUCACGAAUGAGAUAUAAAAAAAAAACGAAAAGAUAAGGAGAAUCGACUUGUAAAUUUUAAAUCUCUCUCGGUGACGGGGAAUAAAAAAAAAAAGAAAACUGUGAAAUUACGCGAGGCCCCGGCGCCCUCGCGUCUAAAUUAUAACGUAUUUAUUUGCUAGGGAUACGUUGGUUGUUUCGUGUGUUUAUUUUAAUUCGUUUUUUUUUCUUUUUUGUUUUUCUUCGUACGUUAAAACUAUAAUCACACGUUUCGUGAUCAACCCUUUUUCUUUCUUUUUUUUUACAUCGUACUCGUCUCUUCCACAAGCGAAAGUACGAGAUAAGAAAGUAACAAAAUGUUAGAUCGACCCCAUACGUCGUCGUUUAGGUACGAGGGGAUUGUAAUAUUUAAAAAAAUCGAGAAACGGCGCGGGAUAUUUAAAAAAAUAAGGAACGAAAUUUCAAAUAUAAAGAUCGAGACUAUGCGGGUUUCCCUUUUCACGUUCUCGAAAUUCCCUCUUCGUGACGAACGUACAGCGAGACGGAAGAAGGAAAAAUGAGAAUAGGACAAAACGGACAAAUCCGAAAUUUACCCGAACCGAUCGUGGAAUAAAUUUUUGUGCCAAUCGUUGAAAAAAAAGAGAAACAGAAAACAUUCGAACCGAUUGAAAAAUCUUAACCGAUACCGACCUUACCGCCCCGAGCAAAAGAAAAUUAAGUACACACACCACAUACAUACACACAGGCGCGUUAGUCAUUGCCGCAGUCUCCUGCAUCAAGGAGACACACGACUGCUGGCUGCCGCGAAUCGAUGACGAUCAGUGAGCAUGCAGAUAUCGAGAGUAGCGAGGGAAAAGGGGAAAAAAUAAAAAUAAAAAAUGCUAAAUAAACGAACGGUAAAAGUAAUCGCGGAUAGUAACCCUGUAGGACCCUUGGAAAAUUUGAUGGGAAAAAAAAA